AUGUCACCCAGCCAACUUUCUCAGACUCCACCAGCCAGGAGAUGUGUCAACCAUGCAAACUGUGUGACAACUCUCACUACAGUGUCAACUGUAGCACCACAACUAACAGCCAGUGUGGGCUUUGCCACUUUGGGUUCUACCGCACCCAUCCAGAUGAGGAAAACUGCCUUCCUUGCAAACAUGUUAUUCCCUCUUACACCUAUCUUUGUCAAGAAUGGCUGGAUACACAGAAAACAACCAUUCCAACCAACACUGGGCCUCCUAUGGAUGUUUCUACUGAACCGGUUACAACAACAAAAAACACAUUAGUAGCAACACCAGACAGAGAUGCCCUUGCACUCUCAUCAAAAACCGAUUCCAGUGGCUAUGAUCCAAUAGUUAUAAUUAUGACAACUAUCGCAGUCUUAAUUGGGCUUGGAGUUUUUACCUUCAUCGCAGUGCAAUGUCACAAACGUGGAUCUCUCCCAUGUCAUAAGGGCACAAAUUCUAUUCCAGCUGAAGACAAGGAUCGACAUGAUACAGAUGACCCUGAAGCUGAGCAGCGGGACAAUAAGCUCAUCAACUUAGAAGAAAUACAGACUGAGGAAGGAGAAGAAGAAGACACAGAUGCCCUUCUGUCAAGAACAGAGAGACCAAAUGGCAUCACACCGGGUGCUUCAGGCACAAACAAAGAUGAGGACAGGGAUGGCCCAGAGGAUGACCCCCAAAAGAGCGGCAGCUCCUCCACUGCUUCAUCCACCAGUUCUCUUGACACCGAGAAUGGAGACGAAGCAGCCACGGCUCCUAAGGGUCAGGGGGACGCAAAUGACUGCUCAGAUCCUUCCAGUGGCACCGAACUCUUAAAGGGCGAAAGACGACCCAAAAGCCCUAAAAAGAGAGCCAGCUAUGGUAGUUACGGUAGCCAGAAGAGCAGGCUGUCAUCCCAGCUUUCCCCAUCCUCAAGCAGUUCAGAAGGCUCAAUUAAUGGAACUGUGGAAGCUUUACCUUGUAAACAGAACAAUGCCACACCCUACAGGGCAGCUAGUCCAGCUGUGGCCGGUCAUCCAACAUUUGUCAAGUGGUCAGCUCCAGGGGGAACUGCUGAAGUUCUCCUAGGGGAGACAUUGCUGUCCAACAGUCACCAUCAAAAUGCAGUUGGUUGGAUGGAUGUGCACAAAGGAUCCAGACCAGUGGUGGAGAUGCCUGAUGGACGUUUGGUGAAUCAAACUGCUCGACUACCCAGUGAUCAUGAGUCAUCAACAGAAGCAAAAAUGGAGAUGACUGACGAAAUUCGAAACCUGUUUAACAGGGCAUGUAACAAGUGUGGGGAUCAAGGCAUAAAGGAGCUCUCACAAGACGCAAGGGAUGAACUGGCAAAUCACUUGAACCCGGAACCAAACAGAGAAGGAGUGCACUCCAACUGGGUACAUCUCGCAGACAGAUUCAAGGUUGAGGGAGCUAAGAGAGAUAAUCUUCAAGAAAUGAAGAACCUCCUUCAGCUUCUGCAGACAAGAAAUAACUGUACCAUCAGGGAACUCCUUCAGAAUGUAGCUUCUAUAGAAAGAUUUGAUGCACUUGAAGCAGUUUGCCGGGUUCUCCUACAAGAUAGCGAAAAUUCCCUUCAAGAUACAUCUGUAUAGUAUGGAGUAUUGGAGAAGAUAGUGUUGGUCUCUUCAUUUCAGAAUUGUUGGGUUAUGUUUUGUUGGUAAAUGACCAUGCAAACCAAUAAAUAAGAAAAAAAAGUCUUUUCACUAUUUCUGAGUCAAUGUUUUAGAGCAGUGUCUGCACCUUACAUGCAUUUAUUGUAAGCAAAAUUAAGAAUGCAUGAAGUCUCCGUAUAUGAAUGUUUUGUGUAUAAAUGUUGAUAAAAGUAUUGUA